GCAGCUUCCUGUCCUCCUCGCCGCGCCGCCCCACGCUGCCCGCCCGGGACGCGGCUCGCCCCGGACCCCCUCCCCGCCCCCCGGCUCCAUGCAGUCCCGGCUUCUGCUCCUCGGGACGCCCGGCGGCCCCGGCGGCCCGGCCGCGCGGCGCGUGCGGCUGCUCCUGCGGCAGGUGGUGCGGGGCCGGCCGGAGGUCAGACUGGUGCACGCCGGGGCGGGGGCCGAGACAGGGAUCACAAUUAAUUUAACUUAAGGCGAACUUCUCCUUCAGCUUAAAAUACCCAGAAACCCCUCAUUGGCUUGGCAGAAUUGGGUUUCAGACUCGCUGGCUCAAUCUGUAAUUCAGCAUCUAAGAUGGAUAAUGCAAAAGGAUCUUUUGGGGCAAGAUGUCUUUCUAAUAGGACCUCCUGGGCCUCUUCGACGCUCUAUUGCUAUGCAGUACCUGGAGCUGACCAAGCGGGAGGUUGAGUACAUCGCCUUGUCCAGGGACACCACCGAAACCGACCUCAAGCAGCGUCGGGAGAUCCGCGCGGGCACCGCCUUUUAUAUCGACCAGUGUGCAGUUCGUGCAGCCACAGAAGGCAGAACGCUCAUCUUGGAAGGCUUGGAAAAGGCGGAGAGGAAUGUCCUGCCUGUUUUGAAUAACUUGCUGGAAAACAGGGAGAUGCAGCUUGAAGAUGGACGCUUCCUAAUGUCUGCCGAGCGUUACGACAAACUUCUCCAGGAUCAUACCAAAUCAGAAAUGGAUGCCUGGAAGAUAGUUCGAGUGAGUGAAAACUUCCGGGUGAUCGCCUUGGGCUUGCCAGUGCCUAAGUACUCUGGGAACCCAUUAGACCCACCUCUCCGCUCUCGAUUUCAAGCCAGAGAUAUUUAUUAUCUACCCUUCAAGGACCAACUAAAACUGUUAUAUUCAGUUGGAGCGAAUAUUUCUGCUGAGAAAGUUUCUCAGCUUUUGUCCUUUGCCACCACUCUCUGUUCCCAAGAAUCUGCUACGCUGGGACUUCCAGAUUUUCCUUUAGAUAGUUUGCCAGCUGCCGUUCAAAUCCUGGAUUCCUUUCCUAUGAUGUCGAUCAGACAUGCGAUCCACUGGCUUUACCCGUACACGCUCGUGCUAGGACCAGAAGGGAAGAUGGCUGUGGAAGGCGUUUUACAGCGCUUUGAACUCCAAGAUUCAGGAAGCUCUCUGCUUCCUAAAGAGAUUGUCAGAGUGGAGAGAAUGACUGAAAACCACGUCUCCCAGGCUUCUGUGACUGUCCAGGUUGCAGAGAAAGAGGUGACCAUUAAGGUGCCAGCUGGGACCAGGCCCUUCAAUCAGCCUCAUGCAUCAGAGCGUUUCAUACAGACUUUAAGCCAUAAACAACUACUGGCUGAGAUGAUGCAGUCUCACAUGGUUAAGGACAUAUGUUUAAUUGGAGGAAAAGGUUGUGGAAAAACAGUCAUCGCUAAGAACUUUGCAGACACCUUAGGGUACAACAUAGAACCUAUCAUGCUCUAUCAGGAUAUGACCGCGCGUGAUCUGCUGCAGCAGAGGUACACCCUUCCCAAUGGAGACACUGCCUGGCGGUCGUCACCCCUCGUGACAGCUGCGCUGGAAGGCAAGCUGGUCCUCCUGGAUGGCAUCCAUCGGGUCAACGCCGGCACCCUCGCUGUCCUGCAAAGGUUGAUCCAUGAUCGCGAGCUGAGCCUCUAUGAUGGCUCCAGGCUGCUGAGACAAGACAGGUACACGCGUUUAAAGGAGGAGCUGCAAAUGUCGGACGAACAGCUGCAGCAGAGAUCCAUUUUUCCUGUGCACCCCUCCUUCAGAAUCAUCGCCUUGGCAGAGCCCCCUGUCAUUGGAAGCACAACACAGCAGUGGCUGGGGCCAGAAUUCUUAACCAUGUUCUUUUUCCAUUACAUGAAACCACUUGUCAAAAGUGAAGAAAUCCAAGUGAUUAAGGAAAUGGUCCCAAAUAUACCUCAGGAAGCUUUGGACAAAUUGUUAUCAUUUACACACAAGCUCAGAGAGACUCAGGAUCCGACGGCACAGUCCUUGGCAGCAUCACUUUCCACCAGGCAGCUGUUGCGAAUUUCUCGUCGGCUGUCGCGGCACCCUAAUGAGAAUCUUCACAGGGCUGUCACUAAAGCCUGCCUUGCCAGGUUUCUACCAAGCCUUGCAAGGUCAGCAUUAGAAAAAAACCUGGCAGAUGCUUCAAUAGAAAUAAGUACCGAUGAUAAUGUAGAACCAAAACUGGAGGAUUACAAAUGUGAAGUCGCAUCCGGAUCCCUGAGGAUUGGAGCUGUCAGCGCACCGAUCUACAAUGCCCAUGAGAAGAUGAAAGUGCCUGACGUCCUGUUCUAUGACAACAUUCAGCACAUGAUAGUGAUGGAAGAUAUGCUCAAGGACUUUCUUCUUGGAGAACAUCUGUUACUGGUUGGUAACCAGGGUGUAGGAAAAAACAAGAUUAUCGACAGAUUUCUUCAUCUGCUCAAUCGACCCCGCGAAUAUAUCCAGCUCCACAGAGAUUCCACCCUGUACUUCCUGACCGUGACCACUUCUGUUUCUCAGGGCAUCAUAAUCUCAAGAUCCAGCCCUGUUGUUAAAGCAGUGAAAUUGGGUCACAUUCUGGUAGUAGAUGAGGCAGACAAGGCCCCAACAAAUGUCACCUGUAUUUUAAAAACUCUGGUUGAAAAUGGGGAAAUGAUUCUAGCAGAUGGAAGGCGCAUUGUUGCAAAUUCUGCUCAUGUCAACGGCAGAGAAAAUGUUGUAGUGAUUCACCCUGAUUUUAGGAUGAUUGUUCUGGCCAACAGACCUGGGUUUCCUUUCCUAGGCAACGACUUCUUCGGUACUUUAGGCGAUAUUUUUAGCUGCCAUGCUGUGGAUAAUCCCAAACCCCACUCGGAGCUCGAGAUGCUCAGGCAAUAUGGACCAAACGUGCCGGAGCCCGUCCUGCAGAAGCUCGUGGCUGCCUUUGGCGAGCUGCGGAGCUUAGCGGACCAGGGGAUUAUCAACUAUCCUUAUUCUACCAGAGAAGUGGUCAACAUAGUGAAGCACUUACAGAAAUUUCCCACCGAAGGUCUCUCCAGUGUGGUUAGGAAUGUGUUCGACUUUGAUUCCUACAAUGACGACAUGAGGGAGAUUUUGGUUAGCACUUUGCACAAACAUGGGAUACCCAUCGGAGCCAAACCUAUGAGUGUGCAGCUGGCGAAGGAGUUGCCUCUGCCAGAGCAGACAUUCCUGGGCUACUGGACGAUUGGUCAGUCAGCAGAUGGAAUGCAGAGACUGUUGUGUCCGGCAGAAACUCACCAUAUAGACGUCAAGGGCCCAAUACUUAUAAACAUACAGAAGUAUCCAAUAGAAAGACAUGAAGGAAGAUCGCAAACUUUUACGGAAGAAUGUGCCUCCUGGCAUUUGCCAUUGGAUGAAGUCAACAUCAUCUGCGACAUUGCUACAUCACAUGGAAACGAGGAAAAUACUCUCUAUGUCGCUACAUGCAAUCCUGUGUCCUUAUACUUUAUGGAUAUGGCCGGGAAAAGUGGCUACUUUGUGGACCUUUUUGACAUCUUCCCAAGAACGGCCAGUGGAGUGUGGCACCCAUUUGUGACAGUGGCACCCCUGGGAAAUCCCCUCAAGGGUCAAGUGAUUCUCCACGAGCAACAGAGUAACAUCAUCCUAUUGUUAGAUACCAUUGGCCGAACCCUUCGUCAUCUCAUCCUCCCCUCAGAAGAGGUGACAUCUAAGAAACCUUCCUGGUGGAACAAGGAAGACACUGAAACGUAUAAAAUGUGUAGAGAAUUUUCGCACAAAAAUUGGCUAGUAUUCUACAAAGAAAAAGGGAACAGCCUGACGGUGCUGGAUGUUCUGGAAGGGCGAACUCACACCAUCUCACUUCCCAUCAACCUCAAGACAGUUUUUCUUGUAGCGGAGGACAAAUGGCUUCUGGUGGAGAGCGGGACAAAUCAGAAAUACCUUCUAAGUAAGCCUGCACACAUCGAAUCUGAGGAGAGUGGUGUUUGCCAGUUAUAUGUGUUGAAAGAGGAGCCGCCCAGCACAGGGUUUGGAGUUGCACCAGAAACAGAUUUCAGCAUUCCUCAUAAAAUUUCAAGUGAUCAGCUGUCAUCUGAAAAUCUAAGUUCAGCUGUGGGACAAAAGAUUGCCUCUCCGAACCGCAUCCUCUCAGAUGAGAACAGUUAUGCCACGGUUGUUGUUGGUUUCCCAGACCUCAUGUCACCAAAUGAAGUUUAUUCUUGGAAAAGGCCAUCGUCUUUGCAUAAAUCAAGUGUCACUGACACAGCGUUCUAUGGGAGAAAGAAGAGAAGUGGAACUCCAAAACAAAGCAAUUGUGUGGCCCUCGUAGAUACUAAUCAGAUUGUCAGGAUUUUGCCCCCAGGAGAAGUCCCUCUAAAAGAUAUCUUCCCAAAAGAUGUUACUCCUCCAUACACAGCUGGUUAUAUUGAAGUCACUGAUCUUCAAUCAAAGAAACUCCGAUAUAUCCCUAUUCCCAGAUCAGAAUCUCUGUCCCCAUACACCACAUGGCUGUCCACUAUCUCAGACACAGAUGCCCUGCUAGCCGAAUGGGGCAAAGGUGGUGUUGUCACUGUCGAUAUGGGAGGUCGCAUCAGGCUCUGGGAAACCGGACUUGAACAUCUGCAACGCUCACUCACGGAGUGGAGAAACAUGAUUGGACAAGACGACAGACACGUGCAGAUAACAAUCAACAGAGAUAAUGAUGAAGAUGUGAGUUCCCCCAAACACGGGAAGGAGGACCCAGACAACAUGCCCCACGUGGGCGGCAAUACUUGGGCUGGCGGAACAGGUCCUGGUCAUUGUCUGUUACUGGUCUCCUCUGCCUAUCGGUUAUCCAGGAGUGAGAGCCAGGAAUUAGCCACAUCCAAGCUAAAGGAGAUCCAAAUGAGUGACUAUGAUGCCGCCACCUAUGAAAAGUUUUCAGGUGCUGUUCGAAGGCAGGUGCAGUCCCUCCGAAUCAUCCUGGAUAAUUUACAGGCUAAAGGCAAAGAGAGACAGUGGCUAAGACACCAAGCAACUGGGGAGCUAGAUGAUGCCAAGAUCAUUGAAGGGCUGACUGGAGAGAAAGCUAUCUACAAACGCCGGGGUGAGCACGAGCCACAGCUGGGCAGCCCCCAACAGAAACCCAAGCGCCUGCGCCUGGUAGUGGAUGUGUCCGGCAGCAUGUACCGUUUCAACGGGGUGGACGGCCGGCUGGAACGCUCCAUGCAGGCGGUGUGCAUGGUUAUGGAAGCCUUCGAGAACUACGAAGAGAAGUUCAAGUAUGACAUCGUUGGACACUCUGGAGAUGACUACAACAUUAACCUAGUUCCAGCUAACAAGAUCCCCAAGGACAAUAAGCAAAGACUGGACAUUCUGAAGACAAUGCACGCCCACUCACAGUUCUGCAUGAGUGGGGACCACACAUUAGAGGGGACAAAACAUGCCAUCGAGGAAAUUGUCAAGGAAGAAGCCGACGAGUACUUCGUCAUUGUCUUGAGUGAUGCAAACCUGUCACGAUAUGGAAUACAUCCUUCCAAGUUGGCCCAAAUCCUGACAAGCAACCCUCAAGUAAAUGCUUUCGCCAUUUUUAUUGGAUCGCUAGGUGAUCAAGCCGCCAGGCUUCAGAGAACUUUACCAGCUGGCCGGUCUUUCAUUGCCAUGGAUACCAGGGACAUCCCGCAGAUUUUGCAGCAGAUCUUUACCUCCACCAUGUUGUCCAGUGUUUGAGAAGUGCCCUUCCGCUCCCUGAGGACCGGGGAUUUGCCAUAAGAUAGCAAUCAGGAGUACUCGGAACAAGACGUCUACAGCGUGAACCCAGCAAUGAGUGGAUGAUUCUGGCAUCCCUGGCUUCUGCUGCUCUUACUCAGUAAUCAGGAUUCAGGAAAGCUGCCAGAGGCAGGCUUGUGCACAGAAAUGUACAGCCACCGAUAGGGUUACAAAUCAUUACAGGAAGCAAGUUGACCUGCAUUUUAUAAAAGGUCAAGGUUCAAGGAAGGUGGCUGGAGAACUGUGGUGCUUAGUUGGUUUCCCAAAACCUCAGGGAGAGAGAAUACCUUGCUUUGGCCGUGGCACAUCAUUGGGUCCCCUGAAAUAACAAAAGCGACCCCAUCAAUCUAAGCCUCUGAUGCCACUUUCUGACAUUAAGAUACAAGUCUAUGCAGACCCACCCAACCUCUUCCUGUCCAAUAAUUAUUUUUAUUUUCUCCCCCACUUUGUGUUGUCCAACAAUGAUUUUAUAGUAUUUAACCCACUGGAAAAGUCCAACAGCAGUAUUUUAUAAGAGGUUGGAUUUUCUCAAUAAUUCCAUCUUCUUGGCCAAAACCAAAAGGAAUCAAAAGACCCUUGGAUCACUUCCUUUCCCACGUGACUUUUAAAAGGCUCUUUAAAUAAUGAAGAGCAAAUGUCCUGUUCUCCGUGCUGCCGGGAGUGGAAGGAUAAAGGACGUCUGGCCUUCAGUUUCCUGUUUCUUCUUUUUCUCCUAGUGCUUCUCAGAAGUUUCACACUACUCCAUUUUGGGGUCCAAAAUGCAGUGCUCAGAAUAACAAAUGCUUAUGUUCCCACUUAAAGCAAAGUAAAAACAUGGCAGUAUGUUUGAACUGAAUAACUGGAAAUUUCUUUAGCUAUAAAAAAAAUAAUAAAAAAAAAAAACUUUUUUCAA